AUGGAUCCUUCGUCAAGCAACGUAUAUGUGCCAGCCGACCAAUCCUUUCUUUUGCCACACCGGUACCCGGGGCCUCGAUCGCUCUCGCAAAAUCUGCCGUUGCGUGAAGAAGCGCCUGCCUUAGCUGCUCCGCGCAGGACGCGCGCUUCUAAGCCAAAAGGCGAACGAUGUACUUCGACGGGCCGCAAAUGUGACGGAUACGAGUUCCCUAAGAAGGCCGACCAACAAGAAUUAAAACGUUCUUCAUCAAGUCUCUCGCCACCACCCAAGAGACCCGCACUUGUAUACAACAAUCUUAUACUACCCACAUCACUAUCCCAACCAUUCGACGGCACCCUUCAGGAGAAACGACUAUUCCACAGGUUUCAGGUACGAACUGUGCCCAGCUUCGCCGGCGGCUCCGAGUCCAAUUUCUGGACCAAGAUCGUCCUCCGGGCCGGGCAAGAAGAGCUCGUAGUCCGCAACGCCAUCAUCGCCCUCGGGGCUCUGCACGAAGAUUACCAGAUCCGUAGUGGCAAGUACGACGCUCAGCUCAUCGAGGAUCAGAGCUACCGGGACGUUACCUUGCUUUACGGCAAGGCACUACGCCAGCUCAAUCAACGCCUCAACGAGCCGAGUCAGGAGAACGCCAAGAUUGCCAUUAUAUGUAGCAUCCUUUUCGCAUGUUUCGAGGUACUUCGACGGAAUAAUAUGGCCGCCGUCGUUCACUAUCAGCAGGGUAUGAGACAGUUGAUGCGGCAAAUGGCCCUACCUACACCAUCACCAUCACCUACAGACAACAAGAGCUCGUCAGGGUCAUCGUUCUCAAGUACACAAUCAACGUCGCUAACAGUCCGCUUUCGCGAGAUCCCGGAGGAUGAGCUCGACGAUAUCAUGCGCGUGUUUGCCCGAUAUGACAUACAAGCAUGUACAUUCAGCAAGGAUCGUGCCGAGCCAUUACAUGUCGACACCUCUUCACCAAGAUCAGUUCCAGCACUCACUGAUCUUAGUCUGCCUCAAGUGCGAACUCAUCUCGACAACCUCCUAGUAUGCGUCUACCAGCUGAUCAAGUCUGAUCUACGGAUGUACCGGUAUUGGGACGUCAACAUGGUGCCACCGUUAUGGCAGCAGCGACGAACAUCCGCCAUCCAAGUCUUCGAAGACUGGUCAGGCGCAUUGGAGCAAUUCUUCACCAACGCCGAAAAGACAAUGCCCCACCAUGAAGUCAGGUCAUUACUCGGGCUGCGAUUACAGAUUCAGGUUGCGAUCAUCGAACUUAAGAUGUCGAUAGACCACAAGACUGAAACAUGCUACGAUGCCUUCCGAGCAGACUUCGCAGAAAUGGUCGCUCGAGUGGAGAAGCUCUUCGCGUCCCUGGCUCUUCACGAUGCCAAGCCGCUCGAUGUCGAGACAGUUGAUUUCACAAUGGAGCUCGGUCUCAUACAUCCAUUGUUCUUCAUUGCUGUGAAGUGCAGAGACUGGAACGUGAGAAGACGGGCUGUUGCCUUAUUGCGAAAAGCUGGCAAGGAAGGCGUCUGGGAGGGCCCGAUCAUGGCUGUCUUGUCCACGAAGAUUAUGAGAUUGGAAGAGCAGGGUUGCGCUCGGGGCACGUUGGUUCCUGAGCGCAACCGAUUCCAUGAGAUCAAGAAGUGA